GGUUGGGUUCGCUUAAAGGAAUACCCAUGCUUAGGACUCGAGAAAUUCAGUGCCCCGGGUACACUUACUCCAAGGCUGUUAGAUGAUUGUCUAUUUCUGCUAUAAAAGUUAGUUCUUCAAAUUCUACUUUUGCAACUGCUAGGGACCUGAGAGCUUGUCGCGCACAUAGGAAAUGUUCCUGAAGCUAGCGUGACGAAUGGUAUCUGGGGGAAGAAUAGGGCAGGGGCAGUACUAUGUUAGGCAAGUGCAAUUCUGUGCCUUACGAUCUAUCGAGUUUCAGAUGAUGUUUGAAAUUCACCUUACAGGGUUGUAGUGAUGAUAUUGGUUGGUCUCAAAGUAAUAAAUAGCAUUAAUAAGUAGCAAUUAGCAAAGCAAUUAGUAACAGCAAUUAGUAAAAUUAUUCUAGUAACUGUUAAAACCUGUAGUUUUGCUGUUUUACUGUCUUUGCCACUAUUUGCUACCUAUUUUCUGAUUAUGUUAAUAUCCAAUUCUAUUUUUCUUAAGACUUUUCAAAUUUCUGGAUCCAGUAUAUAUUAGUUAACAUUGAAGUUCAAAGUGAACCUACUCUCUUAAAAUGUGAGUUUCAGAAAUGUAGUUUAAUUUAACUGUACCCUUGUAGUGAAGGAUUAUAUUAAGGAACAGUGUGGUGCUUAUGUGCUGUAAUGUAUUGUAUAAAAGGUGGUGGUUAUUUUUAGCAACUUUUGAAGCAUUCAGAAUGUAUUGACCAAUAUUUGAAUAUUUGUGUUUCUAAAGUAAUGGUAUUAAUACAGAAUUUGGUGUAAAUUUUUUUUAAGAGUGCAUAAAUACGGAAUUAAUCACUACUUACUAAAUUAGUUAAAAAUUUCCCGAAGAGGUCUAUGGUGAAAAGACAUUUAAAAUAGGGACUCUGCAAUUGUACCACUGUUUAUGGAACUUGCCACUGUACUUCACUGAAAAUAUUGUCUGUGAAAGCUUGUGUAUGUGUGUGAGUGUAUUUAAUGAUACAUUUCAGAAUGUUGCUUAGAGUUAUUUCCCCUUGCACAACUAAACCUACUCUUUCUGCUCUUUAUUAUAGUUAUUUUACCUAAAGAAAUGCUUGAUGUUAAAAAUCAUGAAUGAUAAGGUGUAUAUAUAUGUAUAAAAACUGUGUAAUCAAAACUUUUAGAGAGCAAAUAUAGAGUAUUUUGAGAUUUUUGCUGCAGGGAGAUUAAUUUCUUUAUGUGUAGCCUAGUGCUUUCUGAAGACAUUUGAUUUUUGCAUUUGGUUUUAGGUUGUCUUAGACUUCAGAGUUCUGUGUGUGAAACAGCUGAAUGUGCUGAAAUGACUGUUGUUUGAUUAGAAAAUCCAGUGCAGUAGCUCAAAAGCACAGGCAUAUGUUUAUAUUGAAGUAUAAUCUGUGCUUCAAAUUGGUGUGGAAUAAGAACGUGAUUCCUUGUUCUUAAACCAGUAGCUACUUAUGGUGCCAGAUAGAGAUUGUUUUGGUCUUAAAUUAGGUCUUUGAUUUGGUACAUUUUGAUCAGCUAAUCGAAUAAUGUGUGAUUGGAGGAUGUUUUUUAAAAAGACCCUAAAAAAAAAAAUCUUAAGUCUGAAAGUUUAACUUGUUUAUGUCUUUGUGUACAUUUUUACAUUUUUUAAAAUUCUAUUAGAUACCUGUGUUUAAAGUUCAAAUACUGUAGAGCAGUCUAAUUUUUUGCAUUGAUUUUUUUUUUGUUGUUUAGGGUAAAGGAAAAACUCAACAUGUGCCUAUUUAAAGUAGUGUAAAAUUUAUUUCAAGUGCAAUCUUGUACUGAAAGUCACUAGGCUGAGUUUCUUUAGAUUGAAUCUUCAACAUUUCAUAAAUAAAACCUUAAAAGAUAGUGGUUUUCAAAGUAUUAAAACUUCUCUGUUCUGGUUUUGCCCCUGUAAUGACCUGAAAACCAAGAUUUUAAUAAUAUAGAAGAUAAUGUUUGAGAGAUUCUGAAUCCUUUAUGUAUUUCAUGGGUUUGGGAUAGCUAAAAAUUUUUUUUCAGGUACUUCCUACCUUAUUAGUCAGUCAUCUUUGAAUGCCUUACUUAAUAAGAAAGUUUUCCAUAAUUGCUUACAAAAAUAGUUUGUGAUUUGUAACAAAAUUUUGAACUUUAUGAACAAGUAUAGGGUUUUUCAGUGGUACACACUAUUGUAGAGGUAUUAGUUUUUGUGAGUUCUCUGAGCUUCACGAUUUUACAAAGUUACCUUAUUUGUGACAUUCUUGAAUCUGUUUAAAUUUUAUCAAUCCCUGACAGGAGUUGCCUAGGCUUGUUAAUUAGUUUUAGAAAAAUCAGUCAACUUAGAGGAUCACCCUAAAUUUGAUAUAGCUCUUAAACUCCAAAUCAGAAGUGAGAUAUUUUUUCAUCCUUCCUGAAUAUUAGUGUUUCAGUGUUAGAAAAUAGGUUUCUGUUUUUAAUUCUAGCCAUAGUAGGAAACAGUAAGCAACCUUUUGGAAGUCUAGGAUUUAAAAAUACCUACUUUCUUCUGGCUAACAAAUAUUUUACAUUUUGAAGAUUUUUGGGGGGAGGUGGGAUAGGUCACAUGGCCAGUCCUGGAAGAAGAGGCAAAAUUCUCAUCAGGUGCUUUUGCUGCUUGCCAGUGGCUCUAAUAAAAGAAUGGGAAGGCCAUUGUGACUAUGUGGUGACUACAGUUAUCUUACUUCUGAAUUUCCCACUGAAAUCAUGGAGGAGAAACAGCAGAUUAUAUUGGCUAAUCAAGACAGUGGGACAAUGGCAGGAGCGACACCUACCUUCUUUGUCAUUCUAAAACAGCCAGGAAAUGGCAAAACCGAUCAAGGAAUUUUGGUUACUAAUCGGGAUGCCUGUGCUUUGGCUAGCAAUGUGUCAUCACCAGGAAAAUCUAAAGGGAAGAUUUGCCUUCCAGCUGAUUGUACUGUGGGAGGAAUCACUGUUACCCUGGAUAACAAUAGUAUGUGGAAUGAGUUCUAUCAUCGAAGUACAGAGAUGAUUCUGACCAAGCAGGGAAGGCGCAUGUUUCCUUACUGUCGUUAUUGGAUAACAGGUCUAGAUUCAAAUUUGAAGUAUAUCCUUGUCAUGGAUAUAUCUCCUGUGGACAAUCAUCGUUAUAAGUGGAAUGGUCGUUGGUGGGAACCUAGUGGGAAGGCUGAGCCCCAUGUUUUGGGGAGGGUUUUUAUUCAUCCAGAAUCUCCUUCCACAGGUCAUUAUUGGAUGCAUCAACCAGUAUCUUUCUAUAAACUCAAACUUACCAACAAUACACUGGACCAAGAAGGGCAUAUCAUCUUGCACUCUAUGCAUCGCUACCUGCCGAGGCUUCAUUUGGUACCUGCAGAUAAGGCUACUGAAGUGAUAAAAUUAAAUGGCCCUGGUGUUCAUACUUUUACCUUUCCACAAACUGAAUUCUUUGCGGUAACAGCUUAUCAGAACAUUCAGAUUACUCAGCUGAAAAUAGAUUACAAUCCAUUUGCCAAAGGUUUCCGUGAUGAUGGGCUAAAUAAUAAGCCCCAGAGAGAUGGAAAGCAAAUGAACAGCUCUGACCAAGAAGGGAAUAGUGUUCCCAGUUCUCCUGGUCAUCGGGCCCGUCUUACAGAAGGCGAGGAAUCAGAGAUACUACCCAGUGAUCCAGAUCCUAUACCAAGGGGUCAUGAAACAUCAGGCAAGGGUUUGGAGAAGGCUUCCCUUAAUGUAAAAGGAGACUUUCUUGGUUUAAUGGGUAGUGAUUCAGCACUUGGUGAAGUUCCUCUAUUGAAGCAAGAGGUUUCUGAAAGUCUUGUUGCCAACAAUUUCGAAGAUGGUUCGCAAGUAGCCUCACCAUUAGACCCAAAUGGACACUUCAGUGUUGUCAUUAAAGAGGAACCUCUAGAUGAUUAUGAGUAUGAACUUGGUGAGUGCCCAGAAGGGGUCACUGUGAAACAGGAAGAGACAGAUGAGGAAACUGAUGUAUACUCAAACAGUGAUGAUGAUCCCAUACUAGAGAAACAGCUAAAGAGACACAAUAAAAUUGAUAACCUAGAAGCUGACCAUCCAUCUUCUAAAUGGCUACCAAGCAGUCCAUCAGGUGUUGCUAAAGCUAAAAUGUUUAAUUUAGACAGUGGAAAGAUGCCAGUAGUCUAUCUGGAACCCUGUGCUGUCACCAAAAGCACAGUGAAGAUUUCUGAGCUGCCUGAUAAUGUGUUUUCCACAUCUCGGAAGGAUAAGUCUUCCAUGUUGGCAGAAUUAGACUAUUUGCCGACGUACAUUGAAAAUUCCAAUGGGACUGGCUUCUGUGUAGGAAAGGAAUCAGAAAAUGGUCUUAGAAAACAUUCACCAGAACUCAGAAUAGUAGAAAAAUACCCCUUUUUUAAAGAGCCUCACUGGAAAUAUCCUGAUAUAUAUGACAACAUUAGCACAGAAGGAACACUUGAAAGUUCAAAGAGUUCAGCUGGGGACUCAUUUUUGGGAACAGAGGACUUGGGCAGAAAGAGAACAGCUAUGUUUAAGAUUGCAACAGCCCCAAAGGCUUUGAAUGCUAGUCAGAGCACCUCUCCAAAUGUCCCUGGGAAAAGAGGAAGGCCACGGAAAUUGAAACUUUCUAAGGCAGGGCGACCACCUAAGAAUACAGGAAAGUCUUUAACUUCUACAAAGAACACCCCUGUGGGCCUUGGGAGCGCUUUUCCAGAAGUGAAGCCUGAUCUGGAAGAUGUGGAUGGUGUUCUUUUUGUUUCCUUUGAAUCAAAGGAAGCUCUAGACAUUCAUGCAGUUGAUGGGACAACAGAAGAAUCCUCUAGUCUUCAGGCAUCGGCAACAAAUGAUCCAGCAGGUUGCAGAGCAAGAAUUUCCCAAUUGGAAAAGGAAUUGAUAGAAGAUUUGAAGUCCUUGCGGCAUAAGCAGGUGAUACAUCCUGGCCUUCAAGAAGUGGGCUUAAAAUUGAAUUCAGUGGAUCCAACAGUGAGCAUUGAUCUUCAGUACUUGGGAGUACAGCUACCUUUGGCUCCAGCCACUAGCUUUCCUUUCUGGAACCUUACAGGAGCUAACCCUGCCUCUCCUGAUGCUGGAUUUCCCUUUGUUUCUAGGACGGGGAAGACCAAUGACUUCACGAAGAUCAAAGGAUGGAGGGGAAAGUUUCAUAGUGCUUCUGUGUCAAGGAAUGACGGUGGCAAUUCAGAAAGUUCACUGAAAAACCGUUCUGCCUUCUGUAGCGACAAGCUAGAUGAAUACUUGGAAAAUGAAGGCAAGCUAAUGGAAAGAAGCGUGGGUUUUUCUUCCAAUGCUCCUGCAUCUCCUGUGGUAUACCAGCUUCCCACCAAGAGUACCAGCUAUGUACGAACACUUGAUAGUGUACUGAAGAAGCAAUCUGUCAUUUCUCCUUCUACCUCUUAUACUUUGAAGCCUCAUUCUAUAUCGUCUGCCUCUCAAAAGGCGAAGACUCAAAACAAACAGGCAACUUUCAGUGGCCGAACUAAAUCAUCUUAUAAGUCAAUUUUACCAUAUCCUGUUUCACCAAAGCAGAAACACUCUCAUAUGGUUCCAGGAGAUAAGGUUACCAAGAAUUCUUCAAGCACCAUUUCAGAAAAUCAGGUGAAUAACUUUGUUGUGCCAACAUUAGAUGAAAAUGUAUUUCCAAAACAGAUUAGUUUGCGGCAGGCACACCAGCAGCAGCAGCAACAGCUUCAGGGAACUCGCCCUCCAGGUUUGUCUAAAUCUCAGGUGAAGCUUAUGGACCUGGAGGACUGUGCACUUUGGGAAGGAAAACCAAGGACCUAUAUCACUGAAGAGCGAGCAGAUGUAUCCUUAACAACUCUGCUUACUGCUCAAGCAUCUCUCAAAACUAAACCCAUCCACACAAUCAUAAGGAAACGAGCUCCUCCAUGCAACAAUGAUUUCUGUCGACUGGGUUGUGUAUGUUCCAGUCUAGCUUUGGAGAAGCGCCAGCCUGCUCACUGCCGUCGACCAGACUGCAUGUUUGGCUGCACUUGUCUGAAAAGAAAAGUUGUACUUGUUAAAGGGGGAUCCAAAACUAAACAUUUCCAGAGGAAGAGUGCUCAUCGAGAUCCAGUAUUUUAUGAUACUUUGGAAGAGAAGCCAAGGGAGGAAGGAGAAGAGGGAUUCAGGGAGGAGGAAGAACAAUUAAAAGAGAAAAAGAAGAGGAAGAAACUGGAAUACACUAUAUGUGAAACAGAGCCUGAACAGCCUGUUCGACAUUACCCAUUAUGGGUAAAAGUAGAAGGUGAAGUAGAUCCAGAGCCAGUUUAUAUUCCAACGCCCUCUGUCAUCGAACCUAUGAAACCACUGUUAUUGCCUCAGCCAGAAGUUGUGUCUAGUACCAUGAAGGGCAAACUACUCACUGGAAUUAAACCUGCACGGGCAUAUACUCCCAAACCCAAUCCUGUGAUUCGGGAAGAGGACAAAGAUCCAGUCUACUUGUACUUUGAAAGUAUGAUGACUUGUGCCCGAGUUCGAGUGUAUGAACGCAAAAAAGAGGAGCGGAGACAAAAAUCCCCAUCACUAUCCCCAUCAUUUCAGCAACAGAGCUCAUGUCAUUCUAGUCCUGAGAACUAUAGUGCAAAGGAACCUGAUUCUGAAGAGCAACCCUUAAAACAAGUCACCUGUGACCUGGAGAAUGAUUCUGAUAUAUCACAAGAGAAGAGCUGGAAGUCUUCUUGCAAUGAAGGGGAAUCCUCUUCUACCUCCUAUGUACAUCAGAGGUCACCUGGUGGUCCCACCAAACUGAUAGAGAUCAUCUCAGAUUGCAACUGGGAGGAGGAUCGGAAUAAGAUUUUGAGCAUCUUAUCCCAGCACAUCAAUAGCAACAUGCCACAGUCACUUAAGGUGGGCAGCUUCAUCAUUGAGUUGGCUUCUCAGCGAAAGAACCGGGGUGAGAAGAACCCUCCUGUUUAUUCUUCUCGUGUGAAAAUCUCUAUGCCAUCAUGUCAAGAUCAAGAUGAUAUGGCUGAGAAAUCUGGAUCAGAGACUCCUGAUGGUCCAUUAUCCCCUGGGAAAAUGGAUGAUAUCUCUCCUGUGCAGACAGAUGCCCUGGAUUCAGUGAGGGAGAGAUUGCAUGGAGGCAAAGGUCUGCCUUUUUAUGCAGGACUUUCUCCUGCAGGGAAACUUGUGGCCUAUAAACGUAAACCCAGUUCAAGUACAUCUGGGCUUAUCCAGGUUAAUGGUAAAAGUUACCCGCAGGCUAAGUUGCUAUUGGGACAGAUGGGGGCAUUGCAUCCAGCCAAUAGGCUAGCUGCUUAUAUCACAGGCAGGUUGCGACCCUCAGUCCUGGACCUCUCAACCCUCAGUACUGUCAUCUCCAAGGUAGCAUCCAAUGCCAAGGUGGCUGCAUCCAGGAAACCACGUACCCUGUUGCCUUCAACCUCCAAUUCCAAAACGACAUCCUCUUCCUGCACUACAGCAAAUCGCCCUGGGAAGAAUCUGAAGGCGUUUGUCCCGGCAAAAAGGCCGAUUGCGGCUCGACCCUCUCCUGGUGGUGUGUUCACACAGUUUGUGAUGAGUAAAGUUGGAGCCCUGCAGCAGAAGAUACCUGGAGUUAGCACACCCCAACCCCUGACAGGGCCACAGAAGUUCAGUAUCAGACCUUCUCCAGUAAUGGUCAUCACACCUGUGGUUUCUUCUGAGCCAGUUCAGGUGUGCAGCCCUGUGACUGCUGCUGUCACUACUGCCACCCCUCAAGUGUUUUUAGAAAAUGUUACUGCUAUGACACCUAUGACUGCUAUUUCUGACAUGGGAACUAAAGAAACUACUUAUUCUUCUGGUGCCACUACUGCAGGGGCUGUUGAGGUCUCUGAAACUAAUACCAGCACCCCUGUAACACCUACUCAGUCUGCAGCCACUGUGAACCUUACCAAAACUACUGGGAUAACUACCCCUGUGGCUUCAGUUGCUUUUCCUAAAUCUUUGGUAGCAUCUCCUCCAACCAUAACUCUUCCUGUUGCUUCCACUGCCUCCACCUCCAUAGUCGUGGUGACCACAGCUGCAUCUUCCUCCAUGGUGACCACACCAACUUCAUCUCUGGGCUCUGUUCCUAUUAUACUCUCGGGAAUUAAUGGGAGUCCACCAGUGAGCCAGAGACCAGAGAAUGCUCCUCAGAUUCCAGUGGCUCCUCCACAAAUCUCUUCUAACACAAUGAAACGUGCUGGACCGCGAUUGUUGUUGAUUCCAGUGCAGCAGGGCUCUCCUACUCUUAGACCUGUCCCAAACACACAACUUCCGGGACACCGGAUGGUCUUGCAGCCUGUUAGGAGCCCAAGUGGAAUGAACCUGUUCAGACACCCUAAUGGGCAGAUUGUCCAACUCCUUCCUUUGCAUCAAGUCCGCAGCUCUAAUACUCAGCCCAGUGUACAGCCUGUCAUGUUUCGGAACCCAGGGUCUGUGAUGGGACUCCGGUUACCUGCUCCUUCCAAACCUUCCGAGACUCCACCAUCUUCUGCUUCGUCCUCUGCUUUCUCUGUCGUGAACCCUGUAAUACAGGCUGUUGGGUCUUCUCCAGCAGUUAACGUUAUUACUCAGGCACCAUCAUUGCUUUCUUCUGGACCUAGUUUUGUGUCUCAGGCUGGUACUUUGACCCUGAGGAUUUCCCCUCCUGAACCACAAAGCUUUACAAGUAAAACAGGCUCUGAGACCAAAAUAACAUAUAGCUCAGGAGGGCAGCCUGUUGGUACAGCCAGUCUUAUUCCUCUCCAGUCUGGCAGUUUUGCCUUGCUGCAGCUCCCAGGACAAAAGCCCGUUCCCAGUUCCAUUCUUCAACAUGUUGCUUCCCUGCAGAUGAAGAGAGAAUCCCAGAAUGCAGACCAGAAAAGUGAAAAAAGUUCUGUAAGAGAGCAGGAAACUAAGAAGGCUCUACGGUCAGAAGGAGAUACUGGAGACUCUGAGCCUAAUAUUUUGAAGCAAAAUACCAGAGCAGCUGCUGCCUUUGAAGAAACUCAGAAUGAUUCUUUGGGAGGUAAGGUUGAUCAUUUGGUUGAAGAAUCCCUUAUGGAAGAAGGUCCUGCAACAGUUACACCUACUAAGCACUCCUGUGGCACUGGGUCACACACAGGUGAUGAUUAUAAAGAUAUUAAUGAAGAACUUGGCAUUAGGAAUCACAACAGUUCCAAAGAAAAACUGACUGUUCUAGAAGUCAAAACUGUUUCUGAAAAAGCCAGUAAUAUAACAGUCCAGAGUGUAAGUAAUGUACAUCCUAAAAAACUUGAUGAUGUGAAAGUGGCACAGCAGAAUGGCUUUAACAGUUUAGAGGAAAAAUCAAAUGAAUUUCCAAUCAUCUCUAAGGAAGAAAGUAAACCCGAAUUAUCAGGGGGCAACGUUUUGGAGCAGCAGUCUGAUCCACAGCCAGAGGCCAAGGAGAAGGGAUGUGGAGACUCUCUGGAGAAGGACAGUAUUAGAGAGAGACGGAAGAAACACCUGAAGGGCCCUUUGACCCAGAAUUCUGUUGGAACUUCACAGGAUUGUAAGACAGAGGCAGAGGAGCAGUUAAUUAAAGAAAAAAAGACAUGUCAGGAAAAUUCACAUGUAUUUCAACAAGAACAAGACAUCUCUGAUGUACUUGGGAAAAGUGGAACCACUGAGAAUGCUCGAGUUUUGAAAACUGAAUGUGAUUCUUGGAGUAGGAUUUCUAAUCCUGCAGCCUUCUCCAUUAUUCCUAGGAGAACUACAAAAGGCAGCAGAGAAGAUGGACAUUUUCAGGGUCACUUAAUGCUACCAGGAGAACAGAAACAAUCAAAGCCAGAGAAGAAGGGUGGGAGAAGCAGUGCUGACUUGACUGUUUUGGAUUUGGAAGAUGAGGAUGAGGAAGAUGAGAAUGAGAAAACCGAUGAUUCUGUUGAUGAGAUUGUGGAUGUUGUUUCUGACUACCAGAGUGAGGAGGUUGAUGAUGUAGAAAAGGUGAAUAACUGUGUAGAAUACAUUGAGGAUGAUGAGGAGCAGGUAGACAUUGAGACUGUGGAAGAGCUUCCAGAAGAAAUUAAUGUUGCUCACAUGAAGACCAUAGCUGCCCACAUGCACUCUUCCAAACAGCCGUGCCAUACCCAUCUCUCUGCAGAAGAGAAAGCUGCUGAAAGGAGUCGAAAGGCUCCAUCAAUUCCUCUAAAACUGAAGCCUGAUUACUGGAGUGAAAAACUACAGAAAGAAGCAGAAGCUUUUGCUUAUUAUCGCCGGACACACACUGCCAAUGAGCGGCGGCGGCGUGGUGAAAUGAGGGAUCUGUUUGAGAAACUGAAGACCACAUUGGGAUUACUUCAUUCUUCCAAGGUUUCCAAAAGUCUUAUUCUCACUCGGGCUUUCAGCGAAAUUCAGGGACUAACAGAUCAGGCAGACAAACUGAUAGGACAGAAAAACCUCCUGACUCGAAAACGAAAUAUUUUGAUACGGAAAGUGUCGUCUCUUUCAGGUAAGACAGAAGAAGUGGUCCUGAAGAAGUUAGAGUAUAUAUAUGCCAAACAACAAGCACUAGAGGCACAAAAAAGAAAAAAGAAGAUGGCAUUAGAUGCUUUCGAUAUGUCUCCCAAAACUAGCAAACAGCAGGAAGGAUCUUCAUCAUCUGUAGAUCUUGGACAGAUGUUUAUAAAUAACAGGAGGGGGAAACCUUUGAUUCUUUCGAGAAAAAGAGACCAAGCUACAGAAAAUACCUCACCCUCUAACACUCCACACACCUCUGCCAACCUCGUGAUGACUCCGCAAGGGCAACUGCUCACCUUAAAAGGUCCCCUAUUUUCAGGACCAGUGGUAACUGUUUCUCCUGCUCUCUUAGAAGCAGAUCUGAAGCCUCAAGUUGCCAGCAGUGCUGUGGCUCAAUCAGAAAAUGAUGACUUAUUUAUGAUGCCAAGAAUUGUUAAUGUGACAUCAUUGGCCACAGAGGGAGGUUUGGUAGAUACAGGUGGCAGCAAAUAUCCUCACGAAGUUCCUGAUGGCAAGCCACCUGACCACCUGAAAGAUACCAUCAGGAAUGAAGAUAAUGCCUUUGAAAAUUCGGGAAGAGUCUCUUCCAGAGGCAACCAUAGGGAUGGCAGAGUGGCGUUGGGUCCAACAAAGGUUUUUCUGGCAAACAAAGAUUCUGGUUUUCCACAAAUAGUUGAUGUUUCCUGUAUGCAGGAAGCACAGGAGUUCUUAUCUAAAAAGAUUCCUGGUGAUAUGCGAGGGAUCCAGUAUAAAUGGAAAGAUAGUGAAUCAAGAGGGGAAAGACUGAAGACAAAGGAAUCAACAUUUCAUAAAUUAAAGAUGAAAGAUCUCAAGGACUCAAGCGUAGAGAUGGAAUUGAGAAAAGUAGCAUCGGCUAUAGAGGAAGUAGCACUGGAUCCCAGUGAACUGCUAACUAACAUGGAAGAUGAGGAUGAUACUGAUGAGACACUGACUUCUCUGCUUAGUGAGAUUGCAUUUCUUAAUCAACAACUAAAUGAUGACUCUGUUAGCCUGGCUGAACUGCCCAGCCCUAUGGGUACAGAGUUCCCAGGGGAUGCUCGACAGGCUUUUAUCAGUAAGCUUCCUCCUGGGAACAGAGCAACUUUCCAGGUUGGCCACUUGGAAACUGGUUUGAAAGAGUUGCCUGAUGUGCAAGAGAGGAGUGACUCCAUCAGUCCCCUCCUCUUGCAUUUGGAAGAUGAUGACCUUUCUGAAAAUGAAAAACAACUUGCAGAACCAGCUUCUGAGCCAGAUGUCCUUAAGAUUGUUAUUGAUUCUGAGAUAAAGGAUUCCCUCCUUUCCCACAGAAAAGCCAGUGAUGGAGGGAAGAGUACUUCUGGCCUCCCUGCAGAGCCUGAAAGUGUGUCCUCACCCCCUACCCUACACAUGAAGACUGGCCUAGAGAACAGCAGCACAGAUACUUUGUGGAGACCAAUGCCAAAGUUGGCACCUCUAGGUUUAAAAGUAGCUAAUCCUUCCAGUGAUGUAGAUGGUCAGAGUCUGAAGGUGAUGCCUUCCUUGGCACCUGUAGCUGCCAAAAUUGGGUCUGCUGGACACAAACCGAACUUAACAGGGAGUGACCAAGAAGGCCGGGAGAGCAAGGUGAUGCCUACAUUGGCACCCGUUGUGGCUAAAUUGGGCAACUCUGGGGCUUCACCAAGUUCUACGAGGAAAUGAACUUAACUUGUCCUCUGGCAGAAGCCAGGCUGUGAGGGGAAAUUGAAUCUCAUCUCCUUUCUGUGUAGGCAUCUGCUAGUUUGUGUCAUGGAACUAUAAUCCUUGACUUCAAUGAUGCAGUGGAUAAUGAUGGAGAAAGGGGGUGAAGGAUGCUGACCCUGGUAUAAGAAUUACUACUAUGAAAUUCUGAUCAUGUUAAAAAUGUGUUACCUCAAUUGUGGUGCUGGGUCCCCUCAUCCUCUAAGAAGAUGUGAUCCAUUACUGAACAUGAGGUGCCCCUCUUACCCAAGGAAUUGAUGACAAAACUCUGGGUCCACAGGACAUUGGUCCCUAGUUCUUCCCUCCCAGAGAAAAAGCUGCUUGCGACUUUGGAGUUGCUAUGAACUGAACUGUAGCUGGUAACUGUAGGUCUGUUAAAUCUGAAAUCCAAGGAAUGUGAUAUGUUUGUACAAAGGAAUACAGAAGAGAGAGUUUUUUGGUUGGUGUUUCAAGAGUAGGGAGAGGUAGUAUGGGUACCAUGGAAUACCAAAGUGAAGGACUUUGUGUCAUUCAGCAAAAUUUUCUCUUCUUUCAUAUCCCAAGUAGCUUCCAUUCCCUUACCUGUUCAAUCAGAAUUACAAAUUCAAACCUUCUGGUCAAGUAGGGAUGCUUUUUUCGUUUUUAUCAUUAAGCUAAUUAUUUUGAGAUGUUUAAAAAAACAAACAAAAACAGUUCUCUCUUACUGUCUUUGUGGGUGUUGAAAAGACCAUUUCACAGUGCCAGGGAUUUCUACCUGGAAUAGUUGUUUUGGAGGUAGGUACAGAGGGAGCUCCCCUUUUCCCAGAUUACAUAACUCAAGAGACAGCUAAAAUGAAAAGCAUUCCCUCCCCAAACCAGAGACAGUGGCCAAAAUAAAAAAAAAAUUGUGGGGUUGGAUAUUUCUCAUAUCAAACCCGCCUCCUGGUGCUUGAAGGUUUCACUCACUAUUACCUGCACAGGAUGUAAAGAAAAGAAAGUCACAGUAGGCAUUCUUUACCAGGGAAAUAAGGCAGUAUUUGAAUCACAAGAUAUAUUUUUUAUUAUCUGCUACCAUGGAUUCAAUGAUCUGUAGAGCUUUUUCACUCAUUAGCUGUCAGGCUGUGAAGUGCUGACAGCUUGUAAAGAUAUUUAUAUUUUUGUAUAGUUGUUUUCAUAGAUUUCUCAAAGGCUGAAGUUUUCAACCUAGAAGAUGAGAUUUGUAUUGAGUAUAGAAAUGUUUCCUAUCUAGUUUGUAAAUAAUCAUGGUGCACUUGAGGGGUCUCUUGGAAACUCCUGGGGGCAAGAAUCACUGUUCUGCAAAUGUAUAGACUGGGAUUUAACUGCUGCAUUUUGCCUUUCUUAAAUAAUUAUAUUUUGGAAUGUAACCCCUAUUCUGUCUUCAUUGACAGAAUUUGCUUGUGUUGUUAAACACUAACACAGGAGCUUCCAAAGCCUGGGCUGUGCCUAGGUGAUACUAUUUCUUCUGCCUAACCCUGCCUUCUCUAUCCCAAAUCCUAUUCAGCAUAUCUUCAGACCUAGGUUGUGAGACCAACUUUGAAUGGUUCUAGCCAGUGAAUUAUUAUUUCCCAUGGUUGGUUCCCUUUGUAUUAACUCUAAUAAUCAACAGACUGAAAAGGAUGGAAAAAACUGUUUCCUUUGCAAAUUGCAGUAGGAGCAAAUUUUUUGUUGGUUUUGUGCUACUGCCUUCCUAGACCUCCUCAUUAGCACUUAACCUUCCCUCUGAAAGUUACUGGAGAAGCUUGAAGUAGGCAAAGAACACGCCUCAGCUUCUCAUUAACCCUCUCACUCCUCUUUACCCAGCAGAUUUCAUUUAAUGCCUUAGUCAAGGAGUCCAGCACCUGUCUCCCCCACUAAUAAUAAUUGUCCUUGGAGAUUCUAGUACUUUAAUCCAGGUAUAGCAGUUUCCCAUUACUUCCUUGCUUGUCCCUUUCCCAUAUUUCCUCCUGACUUCCAAAGGCUCUUGUGGCUUUUGAGGGUCAGCCAAGGAAGCAGACAAGUGAGCAAACAAUCCUCAGGAAAAGAAGGACCAUUUUAUUUUAGCUACUGAGCACUGUUCCCUUUUUAGAAUAAAAUAGACAAGUAAUAAUCUCAAGUGGAGGAUAUUUGAUUCUGUUUAUGAGAGAUGUAUGAAGAAGGGAAUAAGGGAUGAUUCCAGGUGUUCAGGGAAAGCUGCAGAUGUCAUUAUAAACCCCUAAGAAAGGGUGUUCUCAAGACCUUUUACAACUAGGGAGUCAUCAGGGCCAAUUUGAGGAGGACUCCGUCUUCAGAACAAUCCUGCAGUCUUGACAGAAAUCUAAAAUCUCCCCAAACUCCUACCCUUUAAUUUUUAUCCCAGGAGAAACUGAUCUAUGAAAAUUACAUGUAUAAUUAUGAAAGAUGUAGUUGAGUGAAAGGAGUUGAGGAAUCUGGAGGACAGUGAGCUCUCACCCUAACUCUGUAAGAAGCAUGAUCUCACUAGACCAAUAAUUCGCCUUUUUUAUACAUCUGUAAAUAAAUGGAAUGUUUUUAAGAAUAUAAUUAUGUCAGAUCUAGCCUUUUCUUUAUAUAUUAAAUAUAUAUCUUUCCUUUUCUGCUUUUGAAAAAUGACUUAUUUUUUUAGAAACCUGAGAACAGGAGAGGUUUGAUGACUGAAAGGCAGAAUGUUUAAAUCUGAAGUAAAUCAGUUAUAAUAAUUAAAGCAGGACUUGGUAUUGGGAGGUUUGUACUGAAUUGGAACAGAAAAUCCUAAUGCCCUGAGGCAGAAUUAAGAGAAGUGCCAGCGAAGUAGUUUUAUCAUAGGAAUUCCUUCCUGUUCUCAAAGUUUCUGACAUGCCAUUUGGGGAGGUUUUUGGUGUUUUAAUUCUUGUAGCAUGUUCUCCCUGGAGACUUCAAAAUUUUGUACAUCCAGAUAUCAAGUAUGUCUCAACAGGUCUCUGUUGUUUAGUGAAGAAAGGCUAGCCUCAUAGUACCAAGGUGUGGAAGGCACUAUACCUAUUACUGAGGGGAGUAAUGGGACAUGAUCACAAUCUUAGUGGCCAAGGCCAAUAAGUCAGUUUCUUAAGGCAAGAUAUAUGUUAACUAGUAUCACAAUUUACCAAAACUUUUAUUAAAGGAGUCCUUUACACAUUGAAGUACCCUAAUCUAUUUAAGGUCACUAACAGAUCAAGUCCAAUUGUAUGAACUUCUUACAGAUUGUACACUUUGUAUAAUUUUAGAGUAAAUGCAGUAGUUUUUUUCUAGAAUUAUGGAUGAAGUAGCUGAUACUAGGCCUUUCUGUACCAAGUUUGAGAAUGCUGUGAACAGAGAAGAAAGGCAGACAAUUCAUAUAUUACUUUGGGCAGGCUUUAGUAGUAGAGGUAUAUUUUUUCUAACUAUACUGGUUUAGAUAUUUGAAAUGGAACUGAGAUAAGGUGAAUUGAGAGAUAUACUUUGAAGACAGAUCUAAAAAGUAGUGAUAAUCCUUACCCCUCACUCCCAGAAGUUUAAAAACAAAAACAAAAACAAAAAAACAAUGCAAGUGUAGGCAGUAUAUUUUUAGGUACUUUUACAGAGUGACUGAUAACUAAGAAUCAGAAUACAUUUCUUGCCCAGAAUUUUCCAUUUUGAAGAAAGUGCUUAAGGGCUUCAAUAUUUCAUGCCAUUGUAUUAUUUCUAACGAAAUUUUACAUGGGCAUGAGUGACUGGGUGCAGAGAAAUUUUAAGCUGAGGAGUUCAGAGUCACUGCCAUUUGGAAAAAAAUUAAUGCAUAUUUGAAGUUACAUUAGGGGGAAAUUGAUAUAUACAACUGUUUAGUGGAGGCAAUAACUAGUAUAUUAAAUGAGUGAACUGCUCAAGAAAGGCACAUAAAUGUUGAAAAAUGAAAAUGGAGGUAUGUGUCUCGGAGGGUGGGAAGACAUAACUAUGGGUUAAGUUGUAAAUUUUGAGACUCAAAUUUAAGCUCUACUAAAUCCUUCUAUUUUUGUAAACUGCUGUUAGAAAAGAUUUUGUUAAAUAGGAAAGCAGUCUUGGAAGCAUUUGUUUCGCUAUCCAUCCUCUUUCCAACUGCAAGCAUUGGUCUCAGCUGUCCCACAGUGCCUUGCAUGUAAAGGUGCUCAAUAAAUAUUUGGAUUGAUGAGCAAAUAUUUACUCUAGCCUGUCAGUUUUCCAGGAUCUUAUAACUGCACCUUGUUUGCAUGUUAAACCUAGGAUAAAUUUCAAAAUAUGAUCUAAUAAGCAUAAUGCUAAAUAGACAAUUGUAUCAUUAUUCCCAGAUACCUAGAGUUCUAUAAUGUGAGAAACCCCAUGUAUACAUGUUCAGGACAUACACAAGCAGAAUAAAAAGUGAAAUAGCAUAUGGAUGCUGAAAUACUUAUGUCAAGGUCAACUGCAUUUUGGAGGAUGGGAUGGCAAGUACUUAAUUUGAGUGGAGGAAGAGAAGUACUUCUAUUCACACUGAACCUGGGACUAUUAUUUUCUGAGUAAUUUGUGAAGCAUGGAAACAGCUUAUUCCCAUGUUGGCAUCUCAAAGGCUGCAUGGUACCUAGACAAUAAAAAUUGGACUGAAUUUGUGAAGAA